AUGAAUGCACUGCUUGGCCGCCCCUUCACUCUCUCCCUUCUCAGUUACCCUGUCCGCCUCAGCAACACCAGUGGUGGACACAGUCGCUUUUCGGCUGAAAUGUUGAAAGCGACUGCUUAUCUCUCUACUGGCCUCAACUGGGCUCGAUGGCGAGAGCUGAGCGCACUGGAUUCGUCAGCCACUAAUGGUCGACAUCACACUCCCACCUUUGACUCUCUUGUCUUGCCACGCUUUAGGUUCGUAAAAUUAGGCCGUGGCGCCUCCUUUAUAUUCAUAUAG